UCAAAUGUUAGUUUGUGAUUUACAUCAUCCCAAACCAAAUUUUUGCUAAAAAUGAUGACGUCAGCCAUUUAUAUGAGUUUUGUUCUAAUACCAUUGAUUGUUGUCAAUGUUAAUGGUCAUCGAUCAUCAAUAUGGUCAGAUAAUUAUAAUGAUCACAAUCAUCAUUCAUCAGAUGAUGAUCAACAACCAAAUAUUGCAUCAUUAGCUCGUGGAUCAUAUCAACAGGGACAAUUUGCCGAUUUCGAACAAGAUCCAAGAAUUUGGCAUUCAAUUCGUCCAUAUGGACAAUAUCGAUCAUCAUCAGAAUCGACUAUUCCAACAAAACAACGCAUUCAAUUUAAAUCUAAUGAUGAUGUUGGAAUAGCCGAUUCUGUCGCAUCAUCAUCAAUGAAUUUGGCAUAUCUUUCCCGUUCAAAACGUUCAAUUUUACCACCACCACCCUUGCCAUUGCCGCCAUUACCCCCACCGCCGCCAAUGAUGAUGUUACCACCAAUGCCGCGUCCACCUUAUCCUUUUGUGCCACCACCAUUACAACAACGUCAAGCAGCCGCAUCAUCAAUGAUGCCUUUUAUGAUGAUGAGAAAUGGACCAAUUCGGGAUAAUAUGAUCACUGAUGAAUCACAGCAGCAACAGCAACAACAACAAUUAUCAUCGACCGAUGUCGAAAUGGAACGUCGUCGUUAUCGACCAAGAUAUCCAAAAUAUCCACCAAAUUAUGGUUAUAAUAAUGAUUGCCAAUAUCAUACAAUUGUUAAUGGUGAUUCGGAAAUUGUUUUACGAAAACUAUUACCAGUGCGUUUGGUUGGUCGUACUAUUGUACGACAUUGCAUUGAAAAGCCAAAUUUUAAUGAUCCACGUUAUCAGGUAUUGUUGAAAGGAAACCAAAAAUCUAGUUUUGGUUCAUUACGAUUACAAAUGGUACAAUAAUCUGAAUGGCAAACAA